ACUCACCCUCUUUCAGAAGCACACACACACAAAAGCACACAUGAGCCAAGGAGCAUGGGCAGCAGGGUCACCCUAGCGCCAUGCUUCAUAAAGGGCGCCGUUACAAUAGGUUUACUGUUACUCUGACGACUGCCGGGAUACAAUAGGACUGAAUGUACUGGCCUGACGCUCCAUUUCUCUCAAUUUUUCACUUGAUGACAAGGAAGACAGACUGAGACAAGACAGCAUGAUAUCAGAGGACACCCCUGAAGUAACCUCACGGACUAAUGGGGCUUAUACUGCUGAGCCUGAUUCUUCGGUACUGGAUCAACACCGUGGAAGGAUCAUGUUCAGCUGGCAGCGCUGUGACCUGUGAUGAGUGUCUGCAGCUCAGUUCUCAUUGUGCCUGGUGCACACAGGAGAAUUUUACAGACUGGUUUUCAGUCAGCGAAAGGUGUAACACACUGGAUAUCUUACUAGAAAAGGGAUGUGCCAGGGACCAGCUGGAGUUCCCUGUCUCCAAAGGCCAAAUCCUGCAGGAUCGCCCACUCGGAAAGAAGACAGGCAACGUAAACAGCACUCAGAUCUCCCCACAGAAAAUGGCACUCAAGCUGCGUCCUGGCAUCCAGGUGACUUUCCAGGUCAAGAUUCAACACACGGAGGACUAUCCUGUGGACAUAUACUACCUGAUGGACCUGUCAGCAUCCAUGAUCGACGAUCUGGCGAUGAUCAAAGACUUGGGCUCCUCUUUGUCUAAAGAGAUGGCCACUCUCACCAGUAAAUUUCGAAUGGGCUUUGGCUCUUUUGUGGAGAAACCUGUCCUGCCAUUCAUCAAAAUCACAGAAGAAGAGCUGGCCAACCCAUGCAGUAGUGUUGGCUCAACCUGCCUGCCAACGUUUGGCUACAAACACGUCUUGUCCCUGACGAGCAGCACCGACAAGUUCAACAAGAUAAUCGCAAUGCAGCGUGUAUCUGCAAAUACUGAUGUGCCAGAGUGUGGCUUUGACGCCGUCAUGCAGGCAGCUGUUUGUGGGGACAAGAUAGGCUGGAGGAAUGAUUCCAUGCGUUUGCUGGUGUUUGUCAGUGAUGCUGACUCACACUUUGGGAUGGACAGUAAGAUGGCCGGUAUUGUGAUUCCCAACGACGGGCAGUGUCACCUGGAUGCCAACAAUGAAUACUCCAUGUCCAUAGUGCAGGAGUAUCCAACUCUUGGUCAGUUGAUUGAUAAGGUGGUGGAGAACAAUAUCUUACUGAUAUUUGCUGUGACAGAAGGACAGAAACUCAACUAUAAGAACUAUGCAAAUCUAAUACCUGGCGCCACAGUUGGAGUCCUGGCGACAGAUUCGCGGAACAUCCUGGAACUGAUUGUAACAGCAUACAAAGAACUGCGUUCAGAGAUUGAACUGGAGGUCCUUGGAGACACAGAAGAGCUCCAGAUGUCCUUUACAGCCAUUUGCCCAAAUGGGACCGUCCUCACUGAUGAAAAACGCUGCUCCAACAUCAAACCUGGAGAGACGGUAGUGUUCAACGUGUCUGUGGAGCUCCCAGGAUGCCUGUCCGGUGUUCGCCACUUCUCCCUCAAACCGGUGGGUUUACAGGACAGUUUGGAGGUGCAACUGGAGUCUCUUUGCUCGUGCGACUGCCGGCAGCCUCCUGAAGCAAACAGCAGCCAGUGCAUCGAGGGCCAGGGGGCUUUCCAGUGCGGCGUAUGUGUGUGUCAGCCGGGGUUCCUGGGAUCGAAGUGCGAAUGCAAUGAGGAAAGCGCUUUGUUGAGCAACUGCCUCUCACACAAUGAGUCUGAGAUAUGCAGUGGUCAGGGGCAGUGCUACUGCGGACAGUGCGUGUGUCAUGCAUCCAGCUUUGGACGCAUCUACGGACCUUACUGCGAGUGUGACAAUUACUCCUGUGUUCGUUUCCGUGGGGAGCUCUGUGGAGGCCACGGGGUGUGUGACUGCGGGGAGUGUCACUGUGAAAGCGGCUGGACAGGGGAGUAUUGUAACUGCAGCACUAGCACUGAGGCGUGCAUGUCAGAGGAUGGCGCUUUCUGCAGUGGUCGGGGGAGAUGUGAGUGUGGCCACUGUGUCUGCUCUGUACCUGGAGCAUCUGGGGACAAGUGUGAGAAGUGCGCAACAUGUGGAGACGCCUGUAGCUCUGCAAGGACCUGUGUAGAGUGCCAUCUGCUAGAUAAGGACGAUGCCAAGUUGUGUGAUCAAAAGUGCAGCACCCCCAAAAUUUCCAUCAACACAACAGCAGAUUAUGACAAGAGCCCUUCUAUGCAAUGCACGCUGAUGACGGAGAAUGAGUGCCGGAUCUCAUUUAAUGUGGAAGGAAGUGAGAAGGGGACCAUUGUCUAUGAUCUCCAGAUGUACGGUUGCCCGGAGCCUCCCAACAUCUCCAUGAUUAUUCUAGGGGUCUCUCUUUCCAUCGUGUGUAUCGGCCUGAUCCUGCUGGCUGUGUGGAAGGUGCUGGUGUCAGUCCAUGACCGCAAAGAGGUGGCCAAGUUUGAGGCUGAAAGGGCAAAGGCAAAAUGGCAGACGGGGACCAACCCUCUGUUCAAAAGCUCAACAUCUACAUUCAAAAAUGUAACUUAUAAGAACACAGAGCGAGAAAAGAUCAUUACACUGGAUCACUACUAAUGAUAAACUGGAGGCCAACCAUAUGAGUGCACACUUAAGUGUGUGUAUGUGUGUGUGUGUGUGUGUGUGUGUGUGUGUGUGUGUGUGUGUGUGUGUGUGUGUGUGUGUGAGAGACAGAAAGGGCAAAAUGUGUACUAAAAUUUGUUUUUGUACUAAUCUCUGAGUUGAUUCAGUGGUGUUAUAGCACAGUAGACAACACUGUGAACAGACAAACACACAUGAUGAAUUUGCUGCUGUAAACGUGCACUGUUGAUGUACUGUUAAACACUGCACUUUCCUGAUGCAUGGUCCUACAAACUUUUGUCUACUGUAACAUGCAGCUUGGAAAGGAAGAGUCUACACUACAAGUGGUCUACUACUGAAAAAGAACGUUUUAUUUUGAAUGUAAAUAUAGGCCACUGGUGGAUUAACAUGAUUUUUUUUUAUAUUGUCUUUGUUGUUUUAUUCUAAGCAAGGCUGAGCCUUGUGUGUUGAUAAUUGAGUUUUUUUAGUGGCAUGGCACAUAAAUAAAGUUGAAUUUUGGCUCUUUGUAAAAUGCAACUUUCCGCAUUCAAGGUUGUUCCUCUGAAAAUUAUUGGUAAGAUUUGGCAUUAAGAAACACAAUUUAAAUUUGAUUUUGUUUACAGUGGGAGAGUGAACUCUGUCAAAGAGUCAUCCCUGUAUUCUCUCUUUCCAGACCAGUGAUGGAAAAGCAAGAAAGUGCAUUUCCUCAAGAACUGUAUUGAGGUACUUGAACUUUA